AUGGGGCAUCUGUCUAUCUCCCCCACAUGCUGCUCAAGAAAGAUGCAGGGAAUGUACGAAGGGCAGGUCUUGCUUUCUCGCACUGAGCGGCGGGCGCGUUUAGCGACACGUGCAACAGUAAGAAGAUUUUUCUGUUCACUCCAAAGCCUCCGCCUGGGAUCGGGUUUCAGCAGGAGGUCACGGUUUCGGCGCAGGGCCCGGACAUCUGGGAGGCGAACAAGUGAUUUCCCACCUCCGCCUGGGAUCGGGUUUCAGCAGGAGGUCACGGUUUCGGCGCAGGGCCCGGAGCGAUGGGGAGCCCCGGCGAUGGGGAGCCCCGGCGAUGGGGAGCCCGGGGCGGCGGGCGCUGCGCUGCUCGACAGUGACACUCGGCGGGCACCUCCGCCUGGGAUCGGGUUUCAGCAGGAGGUCACGGUUUCGGCGCAGGGCCCGGAGCGAUGGGGAGCCCCGGCGAUGGGGAGCCCCGGCGAUGGGGAGCCCGGGGCGGCGGGCGCUGCGCUGCUCGACACCCCGCCGCCGCCCGCCGCCGCCGCGCCGGGGCUCCCGGCCGCCCCCGGCACCAACCCGCUGUCCCGCAAGCUCAACAAGAUCCUGGAGACGCGCCUGGACAAUGACAAGGAAAUGCUGGAAGCACUCAAGGCUCUCUCGACCUUUUUUGUGGAGAACAGUUUGCGCACCCGAAGGAACCUGCGUGGAGACAUUGAACGACGAAGCUUGGCCAUAAAUGAAGAAUUUGUGCACAUAUUCAAGCAAGUUAAGGAGGAACUUGAGAGUAUAAAUGAAGAUGUGCAAGCAAUGAGCAGCUGCUGUGAAGACAUGUCCAGUCGUUUGAAGGCAGCAAAGGAACAAACCCAGGACUUGAUUGUAAAAACCACAAAACUCCAGGCAGAAAAUCAGAGAUUAGAAAUGAAAGCACAAGUUGCAGAUGCAUUCAUAGCAAAAUUCCAGCUGACACCGGAUGAAAUGAAUCUGCUUCGAGGCACGAAAGAUGAGCCAAUUACUGAGGAUUUUUUCAAGGCUUUGGGACGAGUAAAACAAAUUCAUGAUGAUGUCAAGAUUCUUCUCCGAACAAAUCAGCAAAGGGCAGGCUUGGAAAUUAUGGAACAGAUGGCUUUACUGCAAGAGACGUCUUAUGAACGACUUUACAGAUGGACUCAAAAUGAAUGCAGGACAUUGACACAAGAAUCAUGUGACAUUUCUCCAGUUCUUGCUCAAGCCAUGGAAGCCUUACAGGAUAGACCUGUCCUGUACAAGUACACAUUGGAUGAGUUUGGGACAGCUAGAAGGAGUGCUGUGGUCCGUGGUUUUAUUGAUGCUCUUACUAGGGGAGGUCUGGGAGGUACUCCCCGCCCUAUUGAAAUGCACUCUCAUGAUCCUCUGAGGUAUGUAGGAGACAUGCUGGCCUGGUUGCAUCAAGCUACAGCUUCUGAAAAAGAACACUUAGAAGCUAUGUUGAAGCUUGUGACUAUUCAAGGUGUGGAAGAAAAUAUUCAAGAAGUAGUUGGGCACAUCACAGAAGGUGUCUGCAGGCCUCUGAAGGUUAGAAUUGAGCAGGUGAUUGUUGCCGAGCCAGGAGCAGUUUUACUGUACAAGAUUUCUAAUUUGCUCAAGUUCUACCACCAUACAAUCAGUGGUAUUGUAGGAAACAGUGCAGCCACACUGUUGACAACAAUUGAAGAAAUGCAUUUGUUAAGCAAGAAAAUAUUCUUUAAUAGCCUGAGUCUUCAUGCAAGUAAACUAAUGGACAAGGUUGAGCUCCCACCUCCUGAUCUUGGCCCAAGCUCUGCGCUAAAUCAGACACUUAACUUGCUACGGGAGGUUCUUGCGUCUCAUGACUCAUCUGUUAUUCCACUGGAUGCCCGUCAGGCUGACUUUGUGCAGGUCCUGUCUUGUGUGCUAGAUCCGUUGUUACAGAUGUGUACUAUGUCUGCUAGUAAUUUGGGCACAGCUGAUAUGGCAACCUACAUGGUAAAUUCACUUUACAUGAUGAGGACUACUCUGGCUCUCUUUGAAUUCACUGACAAACGUCUAGAAAUGUUGCAGUUUCAGAUCGAAGCUCAUUUAGAUACACUCAUAAAUGAGCAAGCUUCCUACGUGCUAACGAGAGCUGGUCUGAGUUACAUUUAUAAUGCUCUGCAGCAACACAAACCAGAACAGGGUCCUCUUUCAAAUUUGUCAAGUAUGGAUUCCGUGUCCCUGAAGGUUGCAAUGGCUCAGUUUGAUCGCUAUCUGUCUGCUCCAGAUAGUCUGUUAAUGUCCCAGCUGAAUUUCCUUCUGAGUGCCACUGUGAAAGAGCAGAUAAUAAAACAGUCAACAGAACUGGUCUGCAGAGCUUACAGUGAGUUAUAUGCAGCUGUGAUGGAUCCUUCAAAUGAAUACAAGGAUCCAGAAACCAUCCUACACAGAUCUCCUCAUCAAGUUCAGGCACUCCUUUCAUAGUUUUGCGUCCCCCAGAUUUAUCAGAAUCCAUAAUUCUGUAUUUAUUGAGUAUUUGCAUUGAAUUAUUUUUCUGCUUUGGAUUUGGGUGUGUAACUGUAUAGUUAAAAUAUGUAGGAAUGCAGUUUUCUUUAAUCUGCUUGCAGAAGUCUAGUCUUUCCUGUGUCUUUGAAUACUUUCAAUAGGCCAGAAAAUAGAAUAUAGAUUGAAAAUUAUUUUAAUGUAUUUCUCUGAUGGAAGUGGACCUUGACAAUGUGCAAUCUCUUUGAAAAAGGAGAAAAGCUUUUUUCCUUGCUGUACAUAAUCCUUUCAACUACAGGUUUAACUAGUGUUUCUUAUGACCUCACCAAUAUUUUUAUUUGCUCUAUUGUCUGUUCUCUCAUUCUUUUUCUCAGUCUGCCAUCAGUAAACACUGAUAACUGAAAUUUUAAUACAACUGAUACACUUUGAAUGACUCAUGCAUCACUUUUUCAGCUCAUAAAUCAUUUCAGAGUACUUGAUGCUCUUUUGCAAAUCCUGUUGAUUAAAUCUUUGAGGCAAAAUUUGUGUGUUUUUUUGGCAAUCUAUUGUCUGGUAUUUUCUGUUAGAAAAAGAAAUGUUUGAACUACACGCUUGUAUAUAAACUGGAACUUAAUGCUUUAAAUUAUUUUUAUAAUUCUGUUUUACUGAAAGGAUUUUGGUUUAGAGCAAUUGUUUUCAGUAGGAAUCCUCGUAUCAGUUGAAACUGCUGAUCUCCUCAGGAUGGGACCAGUAUAGGUUAGGAAAGUUGUUUGCACAGCAGUAUGGCCAUUCCUCCCUCACAUGUACGUGAUUUUUGUUUUGUUUUUAUGUACAGAAAAAGUCCAUCUGCUCUAGUGCAAGUGUUUACUCAGCUCAUAAUCCACCAAGAGAUUUUCAUGGUUUACAUGACUUGGGAUUUAUGUGGGAGAGCUGGGGUGUGUAGAUGUCCCAGGCUGAUGCAUAGAAAGCCAUAAGUGAAGCUUUCAUUUCUUUCCUCUGGUGCAAGCUGAAGCUUCCCUGUGUAGAAGCCCUGAUAGUACGGAGUUAUGAUUCAGGGCACUUCUAAUUCCAGGAAAAGAGGAAAAUAAAUAAGUAGGAUAUUUGUUCUCCACUGGGUCUCGUGAUAAUUAUCUGCAAAUUCCUUAAACAUAAUUAUUUUUUAGGAAAGUAUUGUUAAAGAGAAAUCUUUAGGAAAUAAAAAGUCAGUAAAACGGAUUUGUGACUAGGUUUUUUUGUUCAUUUGUUUUUAAAGGAUAAUUUAAGCAAACUGUUUUGUUGGAAGCAUUUAACUUUUUUCCUUCUCUUUGUUACUGUAGGAGUGCCACAGUUAUUACAGUCGCCUGAGUUUACUCUCCCAUUAUAUGUGGCUUAUUUUAUGUACAUCAAGGGGGAGAGGAGCAGUCAUUCAUAUUGAAUAACUUAUUUUACUUUUAUUAGUAGUAAUAGUCCACAUAUAAAAUACAUACUUGGUGGCAGCCAAGUCUGCAGCUUAGUGUAUGCUUGCAAAAGAGCAAGACAUACAGAGCAGCAGCAAUACAUUUUCGCCUCUUGGAAGACUCAUUGCACAAAAUGCAUUCAGUGCACUCACAAAGCAGCUUCUGUGGUAAUGCCACAAUAAAGCAAUAGCUCCUUUUCCAAAUGGGAGUAAUUUGUUGGUAUAGAAAGUGUAAGUGUCCCUGCAGUUCUUGGGCCAGGCAUAGAUCUUUCUGUAAAUAUGAACGUUAGAUUUAUUUUGUUUAAAAUCUCUAGACCUGUAAGACAAAAAAUUCUAGAAGCUUAGAAAAGCUCUAAUGGAAAAUUACCAGGUAAGGCUCUUUAUAUUACUCAGAUUUUGCAUUGCCAUAUUAUACUUUCAGGUGGCUGUUCAAUGUCGUUUAAUAAUGUUAAUAUUGCUUAAUAUGCCUAUAAUUAUUAUCUAAUAUAUGGAAAUUACAUCAGCUGUGAAAGGACUAUAAAUUAGCUUACUCAUAAGAGUGAACUUUUUCCUGAAAUAACACUCAACCUCAGUCUCCAGUAAUCAGUAGCUUGCAUGAGGAUUAAUAAGAAGUUGCUUCCUAUCUUUGAUUCCAUGUAGAGACUUACUCAUGAUUUUACCUUCUCUUGGUAAAAAUGCAAAAGCUAUGGAAGUUGUAAUUUAGGAAAAUUAAAGUCAGUCGCUAAUUUUGAUCUGUGCAAUUAAAGUUAAUGACCAAUAGUCACAAAUAAAAAAGGACAUCAAUAAAGAUAUUUGACUUA